GAAUAUAAAAGAAAAUAGUGGUGCUGAUGAUUAAUUGACGUUUCACGAAAAAGAGUACACUUAGCUAUCAUUUCGAUUUUAAGCGACACACUCUCUCCAUUAUCAUUACUUCAAUCUUUCUAGCUCUCAUGGCUUAAGUUCUUGCCAAAAUAUUGUCGAAUCAGUUGAUCGCGAUACCCAUAUUAACUCACUUGUUUUGUCUGAGAGCACAGUAUUAAUUCAAGAAUAAAUUUCACUGAAAAGCACAGAUAAAAUGUUUUCAUCUCGUAUUUGUAUCACUUGGCUUGGAACCUACACAGCGUGUAGCUAAGCCAAGAUGCGCUUGCAAGCUUUUCUUGCCCUCGGUUUACUCCACUAUGCGUUUCCCUUCAAAGCGUUUCCAAGGUCACCAAAACUACAAAACUCAGUACCUUCAACUUCAACGUCAACCAUAACCCCCCCUAGUACAGCGCCGGAUAAUUUUGGCAUCGUCGAGCCAUUUCCUCGAAACAUCUUUGCAAUUGAGUUUACCUCGGCAAACGUGACCUGCGUUGCUUACGAUUCAUUGAGGAUCAAGAUUCCUGAGAAAAUAAUAUUCGUGAGGAGAGACGAAUUUGGAAGACACCAUGAAAUUACUGCAAAUGGCAAGUUGUACUUUACAGAAAGAACAGAAGAAAAUCGACGCAAGCUCUUUGUCACGUUACACUUCCUGUAUAUAACAAUGCCGGAUGAUAGUCGAUAUGGACCUUAUGAAUGUGAUGCUUUCGCCGUCAAUGAUCCUGUAGCCAGGAAGCAUGGUUUUAGCGUUACCGUUUUAAGAGCGCUUCCAGUUUCAAGCAGAAUUCAUCCGAGACCUUCAACAGUUGCAGCAUCUCCAGCUUCAAGUAGAAUCCCUCCAAAACCUUCAACAGGCGAUGAAUGCCUUCGCUACAAAGUUCUUCCUGAGGCAGAUCGCUCGCAGACUUACGACUAUCGAAAAGUGUCAGGUGGUUACCCCAUCUGUGAUAAUACACUACAAAGAGACUGGUAUCGAUUUGUUGGCUUGGCGGGAGAUCGAAUGCCACAUGAGUGUGUUCCUUCACACCACUGUGGUACCCAUGCCGCAGGUUGGCUUCGAGGAGAACAUCCGUUAGUUCAUGAUGGAGUGGUGUCAAAAACAGUAUGUUAUCACUGGAUCAACAACUGCUGCUGGAGGAGUAAUAACAUCCUUGUACGAAACUGUGGUGGUUUCUUCGUUUACAGGUUGCAGAAGCCUCCUGGAUGUCAGUAUCGUUACUGUGGUGUUGGAUCUCCUGUGCAAAUAUCAUCUUCAGAAUGUUUGCACUACAAGAACCUGACUAAGUUCGACCGUGCCAAAGGGUAUAAGGGGGUUGCCAAAUGUGACAGAUCACUUUCUAGGGGCUGGUAUCGAUUUCAAGGUCUUGCUGGUAAACAGAUGCCUGAUGCGUGUGUGCCUAAGCAGCGUUGUGGUACGCACGCACCAGGUUGGCUGAGAGGUGGGCACCCUACAGUGACUGAAGGAGCUGUUACACGGAAAGUGUGUUUCCAUUGGUCCUCUGGGUGCUGUCAGUUGUCUACCAACAUCCGGGUUCGUAACUGUGGUGCUUUCUUUGUUUACAAGUUAUCUCCACCACCAGCCUGCAGUUUACGUUAUUGUGGCGACAGGGAGCAAGCACCAACUUCAGCUCCAGAAUGUACUUUCUACCAGGUUCUGGAUAGGCGUGACCGCGCACAAGGCUACAUAGGAGUCGGAAAAUGCGACAUAUCUCUGGCUAAGGCUUGGUAUAGGUUCAAGGGGCGUGCCGGCAAGCAGAUGCCUCAAUCAUGUGUGCCUAAACAUCGGUGCGGUACGCAUGCGCCAGGUUGGCUAGAUGGACAGCAUCCUACUAUGAGCGAAGGUGCUGUCAAACGCAAAGUGUGUUUCCAUUGGUCCAAUAGUUGCUGUCGAUAUUCGUCUUCCAUCCGCGUUCGUAACUGUGGAGCGUUCUAUGUGUACGAGCUGGAUUCUACGGGCUUCUGCAGUCUGCGAUACUGUGGCGACCGCAUGUAAGUUCAAGAUUCAAGGUCAGAUGACGGAACCUUGCUACCUUGAGGAUUGGACCAUAAUGUAGUGUUUUUGACGGUUAUAGUCGUGUUAAAUUUGUUACGAACCACUAGUUUACCAGAAAUACCGUCCAACUACCCGUAAGCGACCGCCCAAAAAGUCAAGUCUAGGUGGUCGCUUACAGGAGGUGGUCACUUACGAGAGCUUAGACCAUGUUGGGUUAAAAGUUGGCCACAUUAGAAUUUGGAAACUGCAGAGACUUUCCCCAUGCGCCAAUGCCGAUGGAAUGUUUUACUCAUAUGAAAAGUCAUUUUCGAGAAAAUAGUCCGGUUCUUUCCCCCCCGUGUGGGUGGGGUGUGCAGCUCACUUCCCAAAACCCUUACCCUAUUUAUGACCAAAGUCUUUUGCUACCCUAUUUAUGACCUGACCAAAAUUUUGA